AUGUCGGGGGCUCCGCCGUACAAUCCGCAGUCCCCGACUCAGCAGUCUCGCUACCCGGUCUACUCGCCUCCGAACAAGAACCGUCCGUUCUAUUCGAACAAUGACCAGUACCAGCAACAUCCUCCUCACACCCCUCCGGCCUAUCCGUCGCAACCUGCCGCCAUGUCGCGGAGUCCUCACCAUCCCCAUGCGCAGUCUCCGUUGCCCGGCACCCUGCCGCCAUUGAAUGGUGCCGCGCCGCCGCCUCACCAUCCUGACGCCUCGUCGCAAUUCCAGCCUCAUGCCGCCGCCGGAACGCCUCAGUAUUCCCUUCCCCGGCCGUAUUCGGGCUCCGUGUUGUCCAGCAACGGGACCACCCCGUAUGGCCCCUCGACCGCCUCUCACGCCCAUCCCUCAGCUCGUCCCGACGGCCCUCCACACUUGUCCCCCAAGAAGGAGAUGGAGCCGUCCUUUUCGAUGGGCUCCCAUGGCGUGCCCGGAUAUCCCCCAUCCGCCAUGCGAGAGCCUCGCCUGGCCUCGCCUCCCAAGGAAGUGAAACCCGCGCGAGCCGCAGAUCCCAUGUCCUUCGCGAGUAUCCUGUCCGGCCCGACCGAAGACCGGCCUCCCCCUCGGAAGCCGUCUCCUCCCGAAGUCGCUCCAGCGCCCCUGGCCCUGGCCCCCGCCAGCGCUGCGCGACAGAGUCCCCCUCUCCCAAUCUCUGCCAGGGCUCCGCCUCUUUCGAAGGAGCCGGAACCAGCUCCCGUCACGCCUUUGCCGCGGUUGGAGAAGAAGCCCAGCUCCGAGAAACGCCGUCGGAAUGUGGACCAGGAACCCAAGAUGGGCGAGCUAUCUGUUCCUCCCACAAAUGGCCUCCUGGAUCCCGCCAAGGCCGCGGUCCAACCCCGAGCGCCUCCACGGAAAACUCUGUCGGAACGAGAGACGGAAUACAUCAACCGGGUGAUGGCCGAGCUCGACAGCAUGGAGAAGAGUGACGUGGAGAGCCCUGGAUUCGAAUGGGAGUUGGAACGCUACACUGCCAAGGGCAAGAAGCGGGCGAUGGAUGCCGAACGCGCCGAAAGCGUGCGACGCAAGCGCCGCCGCCAUGAUUUCCUCAUUAAGCUCGGCAAGACCUUUGAGAAGCAAGCCUCGGCCGGUAUGGACCGAUUCCGGAUGGCCAACGAAUCCUCCGUCGUCGCCGAAGUCCAAGCCAAAGAAGUUCAGGACGAAAAGGAGCGCAAGAAGGACAUGCAGCGCAAACGCCGCCGGGAGAACACCGUGCGCCUGGAAAUGCAGAAGAAAUUGGAGGCGGAGCGGAAGGCGAACAAGGCGCAGGACUCUGCGGAGAAGGCCAAGUUCUUACGCGAGGCCGAGCGGGCGCAGCGAAAGAUCAAGACCACCAAGAGGGCCUUAGAGGGUGUCACAGCGCCCGAGGAGAUCGGCGAAGUCACUCCCCUCGCCCCCAACCUCGAAGGCGGCACGACCAGCUCGUUCCACAUCGGCCGCUCCCCCUCCAGACGCAAGUCUGGUCGGGGUGGUCCAGUCACCCGCCCCAAGAAGUCCAAGGAGCAGAAACAAGCCGAGAAGGAUGCGGCCGAAGCCGCAUAUGCCGCGCUGGAAAAUGAAGAACUGCUGCCUCUUGCGCCCAGGGACGAUCGGAAAGACGUUCUCCGGAAAGAUGGCAAGGGAGUCCUUUCCAAGGAGGCGACGCCGAUUCCUCUGUCCUCGUACGAGAGCAAGGGCUACAAUCAGAUCUACGAGCAGAUCUGGCGCGACAUCGCCCGCAAGGAUAUUCCCAAGGUCUACCGCAUCAAGGUCCUUUCUCUCAGCACCCGCCAGGAGAAUCUGCGCAAGACCGCUCAGCUGGCUAGCAAGCAGUCUCGCAAGUGGCAGGAACGCACCAACAAGAGCAUGAAAGACACGCAGGCCCGUGCGAAGCGGACUAUGCGUGAGAUGAUGUCGUUCUGGAAGCGCAACGAACGCGAGGAGCGUGACCUGCGUCGUCUCGCGGAGAAGCAGGAGAUCGAAUCCGCCAAGAAGGCCGAAGCCGAGCGUGAAGCGAACCGCCAGCGGCGUAAGCUCAAUUUCCUCAUUUCGCAGACCGAACUGUACUCCCACUUUAUUGGUCGCAAAAUCAAGGGUGCUGAGGGCGAUGAGUCGGGCGACACGGCCGUGGAGGGUGCCAACGAGGCCGCACAGUCCAAGAUGGAUGUGCCUGCGGGCGCCCUCAAGGCCGGUGCUGGAGUGACCAAUUUCGAGGAUCUUGAUUUCGAUGCCGAGGACGAGACCGCCUUGCAGCAGGCGGCCAUGGCCAACGCGCAGAAUGCCGUGCAGCAGGCCCAGGAUCGGGCUCGUGCGUUCAACAACACCAAAGACGAUCCGAUGGCCGCCAUGGAUGAGGGCGAAUUGAACUUCCAGAACCCGACGAGUUUGGGUGACAUUGAGAUUUCGCAGCCCAGCAUGCUUACUGCGAAACUGAAGGAGUAUCAGUUGAAGGGUUUGAACUGGCUCGUUAACUUGUACGAACAAGGUAUCAACGGUAUCUUGGCGGACGAGAUGGGUCUGGGUAAGACCAUCCAGUCCAUUUCCGUCAUGGCCUACCUGGCCGAAGUCCACAACAUCUGGGGUCCUUUCCUGGUUAUUGCGCCGGCUUCGACCCUGCACAACUGGCAGCAAGAGAUCACCAAGUUCGUCCCUGAUAUCAAGGUGCUGCCCUACUGGGGUUCUGCCAAGGACCGCAAGAUUCUGCGAAAGUUUUGGGACCGCAAGCAUAUCACCUACACCAAGGAGUCCGAGUUCCAUGUAUUGGUUACCUCGUAUCAGCUGGUGGUCUUGGACGCACAGUAUUUCCAGAAAGUCAAGUGGCAGUAUAUGAUCCUCGAUGAAGCCCAGGCCAUCAAAUCUUCCCAGAGUUCCCGUUGGAAGAACCUGUUGGGAUUCCACUGCCGCAAUCGCUUGCUGCUUACGGGUACGCCCAUUCAAAACAACAUGCAGGAACUGUGGGCUCUGCUGCACUUCAUCAUGCCUACGCUGUUCGACUCUCACGAUGAGUUCAGCGAAUGGUUCUCCAAAGAUAUCGAGUCCCAUGCGCAGAGUAACACGAAGCUGAACGAGGAUCAGCUCAAACGUCUCCACAUGAUCUUGAAACCGUUCAUGCUCCGACGUGUGAAGAAGCACGUCCAACAGGAACUCGGGGACAAGGUGGAGAAGGACGUUUUCUGUGACCUCACCUACCGCCAGCGGGCCUACUACACUGGGCUGCGGGACCGGGUCAGCAUCAUGGACCUGAUUGAGAAGGCCGCGGUCGGGGACGAAGCCGACAGUACGACCCUGAUGAACUUGGUCAUGCAGUUCCGGAAAGUCUGCAAUCACCCCGAUCUCUUCGAACGCGCAGAAACCAAGUCUCCCUUGACCACUGCGUACUUUGCCGAGACUGCGUCUUUCGUCCGAGAAGGCCAGUUCGUCGACGUGGGCUACUCCACUCGCAGCUUAAUCGAGUAUCCCUUGCCCCGUCUCCUGUGCAGUUCUGCAGGCCGAGUCGAUGUCGCGGGACCCGACAACUUGCACGCCGGCUUCCGUGGCAAGUACUUGGCCCACAUGAUGAACGUCUUCGCACCGGAGAAUAUCAAACAGAGCAUUCAGGAGGACGGUGCCUUUUCUUUCCUACGCUUCAUCGACACAUCCAUGGGCGACGCGUAUGAACAGUCGCAUCGCGGUGUGUUUGAAAGGGCGUUGAGCCGUCGUGGUCAACCGAACCGGCUGUCUCGACUCAAUGUUGUUUACGAGGAAGACGAAGGAGACGCGCCCCUGGCGCAUACGAUGUUGAACAUUGUUGCCCGCAAUGAUCAGAGUGCGGUCCAUGAGAUCACCCCGGAUGGUUACAUGCGGGAGCUGAUGACAGUGUCGCAAUCUACAUUCGAACGCGAGGGCCUCAACGUCAUUGAGCCUUGCGCCAGUCCCGCUGCGUCGGCACCUCCAGUGACUAUCACCUCCUCCAGCCCUGCGGCCCAAAUCGAGAUGAGCGAUGCCCUGUUUAAUGUCCCCGUGCGGCAUGCGUUGUUCAGUACGCCGACAAGGCAGCUGGAAGAGCAGAUCUUGGAGAAGAAGUUGGAUCCCGUACCAUAUUCGCAUCCCCCAAUGCUGCCGAAGCCGACCUCGCUCAAGGGACGUUACACCCACAUUGAAGUGCCUUCGAUGCGUCGGUUUGUCACGGAUUCAGGCAAGCUCGCCAAGCUGGAUGAGCUGCUGCGCGAACUUAAGGCGGGUGGUCAUCGUGUGCUGCUGUACUUCCAGAUGACACGGAUGAUUGACCUGAUGGAGGAGUACCUGACGUACCGUAACUACAAGUACUGUCGGUUGGAUGGUAGCACAAAACUGGAGGACCGGCGUGAUACGGUGGCCGACUUCCAGCAACGCCCGGAGAUCUUCGUGUUCCUCUUGUCGACGCGUGCCGGUGGUCUGGGAAUCAACCUGACGGCGGCCGAUACGGUCAUCUUCUACGACUCCGAUUGGAACCCCACCAUCGACUCGCAGGCGAUGGAUCGUGCUCAUCGUCUCGGACAGACGCGCCAGGUGACGGUGUACCGUCUCAUCACGCGGGGCACGAUCGAAGAGCGCAUCCGCAAGCGUGCGCUACAGAAAGAAGAGGUGCAGCGGGUCGUCAUCACUGGCGGGGCGGCUGGUGGUGUGGACUUCAACACGCGCAACCGCGAAAGCCGCACCAAGGAUAUUGCCAUGUGGCUCGCGGACGAUGAGCAGGCCGAGCUCAUUGAGCAGAAGGAGAAGGAAGCAUUGGAUCGUGGCGAAGUUUUUGGGGCCAGCAAAGGCGGGAAGAAGGCGGCCCAGAAGCGCAAGCGCGAUAUCACUUUGGAUGAUAUGUAUCACGAAGGCGAAGGAAACUUCGAUGAUGCCAGUGCCAAACCGUCGGGUGCUGCCACGCCGGUGUCGACGGCAGACGUGGGCGGUACGCCAUCGUCGACACCAGUUCCCAAACGGGGACGGGGACGUGGAACGGGCAAAGGCACGUCCAAGCGGGCGAAGACGACCAAAGAACGAUUACGUCUGAUCGACGGUGAUGGCGGCUUAGGGCCCAUGUAA